UAUUUUUUCCGUGCCGUUUCCUUUUUGAAUAGUUUCGAAAACUAAAGACCAAAGCCAGCGAAGCAAAAGCUGAAGCUGUUUCAGAUUCAAAGAACCCAGACCGAACACCCUUAACAAACAGAUAAAGAGAUUCAAUUUUCUCUUUCCUUUUUUUUGUUCUCUGAUUUAGCAUUCGGACGAGAAGAGGAAUGGCGGAUUUAUACCUGUUGGGAUUCAUCUUGGUCUCGAUCACGACGCUUGUGGCAUUGUGCGGCGUCGUUUCGAAGAGACGGAAAGUUAACGGAAUCGUAUCCUCGACGGGGACUGACUCGCUGAAGAGCGUCCCGACUAUUGACGGAGAAUGCAGAUCCACUGAUGCCUGCGAUGCUGACGUCAUCAUCGUUGGAGCUGGCGUUGCUGGUGCCGCCCUCGCUCACACUCUUGGCAAGGAUGGACGUCGAGUGCAUGUGAUUGAAAGAGAUCUGUCGGAGCCUGACCGGAUUGUUGGGGAACUGUUGCAACCAGGGGGCUAUCUUAAGUUAAUUGAGUUGGGACUUGAAGAUUGUGUGGAGGAAAUCGAUGCUCAGCAGGUAUUUGGUUAUGCGAUUUUCAAGGAUGGAAAACAUACCCGACUUUCUUAUCCCUUAGAAAAUUUCCACCAAGACGUAUCUGGUAGGAGUUUUCACAACGGACGUUUCAUACAAAGGAUGCGGGAGAAAGCAGCCUCUCUUCCUAAUGUACGGUUAGAGCAAGGGGUGGUUACUUCUCUGCUUGAAGAAAAAGGGACAAUCAGAGGAGUGCAGUACAAAACUAAAGAGGGCCAUCAAAUGACCUCAUUUGCACCUCUGACCAUUGUUUGUGAUGGUUGUUUUUCUAAUUUGCGCCGCUCUCUUUGCAACCCUAAGGUAGAAGUACCCUCUUGUUUUGUUGGAUUGGUACUAGAGAAUUGCUAUCUUCCAUACUCGAAUCACGGGCAUGUUAUACUAGCAGAUCCUUCCCCCAUUUUGUUCUAUCCUAUUAGCAGCACAGAGGUUCGUUGCCUCGUUGAUGUACCUGGUCAAAAGGUUCCUUCUAUCGCAAAUGGGGAGAUGGCUAACCAUCUGAAGACUGUUGUUGCUCCUCAGGUUCCACCAGAAAUUUAUGAUUCUUUUGUAGCAGCUAUUGGAAAGGGAAAUAUUAGGACAAUGCCAAACAGGAGCAUGCCGGCUUCUCCUUAUCCCACUCCUGGAGCCCUAUUAAUGGGAGACGCAUUCAACAUGCGCCAUCCGUUAACUGGUGGAGGAAUGACUGUAGCGUUAUCUGAUAUCGUUGUUAUCCGUGAUCUACUAAAGCCUCUGCGUGACCUCAAUGAUGCUCCAACACUCUGCAAGUACCUGGAGUCAUUUUACACUUUGCGUAAGCCGGUGGCAUCCACUAUAAAUACCUUGGCAGGUGCAUUGUACAAAGUGUUCUGCGCAUCACCUGAUCAAGCUAGAAAGGAAAUGCGACAGGCUUGCUUCGAUUAUCUAAGCCUUGGGGGUGCAUUUUCGGCAGGCCCGAUAUCUUUGCUCUCAGGUUUGAACCCCCGCCCUUUGAGCUUGGUUCUGCAUUUCUUUGCGGUGGCAAUCUACGGAGUAGGUCGUUUACUGUUGCCGUUCCCCUCACCCAAGCGAAUCUGGAUCGGAGCUAGACUCAUCUCGGGAGCAUCAGGAAUCAUAUUCCCUAUUAUAAAGGCAGAGGGGGUUAGACAAAUGUUCUUCCCGGUGACGGUUCCUGCGUAUUACAGAAGAGCCCCACCUGUUAAAUGAGAUCCCGAUUUGAAAGGAAUCGAAUUAAUUAUAGCAAGUAUUUAGCUUUUUCGUUAAGACAAUUGUUUGUAUUCUUCCCUGUCAAAGUCUUGGAGAAAAUUUAAGGGAAAUUGCAUCAAUCCGAAACCUCAUUGGUUGGAUC